UUGAACUCGGAGCAAUAAACCCCGGAAGAAGCGUGUGGGUCACUUGACCAGUAGUGGAUGUCCACAGUUUAUGAUAAGUUUUCGUUGUUUUCCUCUUUAUUUUUCUUUGAUACACAUACUCGCGGGAAUUAUUGCAACUCAACAACUGAUUCGCUUACACUGAUAUACAGAAACUGAUUGAUAAUUGGCAGCGUUAGGCUUUUUAUUAGAAAACUGCAGCUGGAUUCAACACUUAAACGUCUAUUUUUACAAUAAUAUUUAUUGUUUUUUGGAUAGACUGUCCCGACAUAUUUGACAAUGGUUUUUGUCUGAAAAAAAAUUGCCUGUGCUUUCCAAACUGUAGACAUAAACUGUUCACAAAUCAUUAAAGUAUUAGAAACAGAUCAACGCGGAUAAGGAAUGGAAUAUGGCUACAUCUGACUUGAUGCUGAGUCUUGGACUUAUUGAGAAAGAUGUAAAUGCAGACACGCUUUGGGUUUGGUGCUAUCCUUCCAUUGGUGCUGAUCUGCGAGAAGUUCUGUUGAGAAAAUGUUGCCUGACGUUGAACAAUCGUGUGCUGCACACGUUUGUGUUCGGACAGUACAGCAGAACCUGGUACUACAUCAGCACUGUCGAGGUUCAGGAGCCAACUGCACUUAAAAAGGUGACACAUUUCUCAAUAGUUGUCACAGCUAAGGACUUCAACCCUGAAAAAUAUGCUGCAUUCAGUAGAGUUCUGUGCAGAACGUAUAUUAAACAUGGGAGCCCUGUGAAGAUGAUGGAAGGCUACAUUGCUGUUCUGACCAAAGGGAUAUGCCAGAGUGAUGAGAACGGCUCCUUCCUUAUCAAAGAUUAUGACGUCAGGAAAGCCUACCUGGCUGGCUCCUUAAAAGAUGUUGUGUCACAAUUUGGUAUGGAGACCAUCAUCCUUUACACAGCACUAAUGCUGAAAAAAAGAGUGGUGGUCUAUCACCCACGGAUUGAGGCGCUGCUGGAGUUCACAAGAGCUCUUCCUGGCCUAGUGUGGCAUAGAAAAGACUGGUCCAUCCUCCACCCUUUUGUUCAUCUGGAUAAUAAUGAGCUGGAAAACCUCAAGCUGUGUACAGGCUACGUUGCAGGGUUUGUCGAUCCUGAAGUCAGAGACCGAUCAGACCUGUUUGAUGUGUAUGUAAAUCUUCCAGACAGUGAGAUCACUGUAUCACAAAAUGCCAAAGAGGCAUUGGCUAUGGGAAAACUCCAUAAAGAGAUUGGCAACUUCAUUGUCCAGGCUGCAGAGGACACUGAUCGCACAGAUGCGCAGGUUAUUAAGGAAAUUUCAAUAAAAACUAAAGAGAUCCUCAGUAACCUGAUGUCUCUUGCUGAUGAAGCAGACAACUCCAAAUUGACUUUGGAGACUCUGAAGCAGCGGCAUUACCCUCCAGCGACUGAAAACUUUCUCUUCCACUUAGCUGCAGCUGAGCAACUCCUGAAGAUCUGACCAAUCAGUGCAUCCCGUCCAACUGGCAUGCCUCAAAAUAAUCAUUGAGAGAAGAACUUACCUUUCAUAGUGGAAUCACAAAAUGAAUUGUAACAUUUGAAAGAAUCUCUGGCUAAUUUCAGGGUUGUGAACAGGACAAAAGUUUUAUUGGGAUAUAAAUAUAUAUUUCUUAUAAAGAUAUACAAAAGAUAGCUAUAACUUGAUCCUCUCCUGGGUGCAAUUACAAAUGUUGAAUGUGAUAUUUCUAAGCGAUAACAGGUUUGAGGUAAAUAAUUAAUAAUCAAACCUUUUGGUAGCACUUAGAUCUUGAGCCAAUGAACAAUUUAUAUUUAUAUCUCUGCACUCAUUAACAAGGUAUCUAAUUAAGUUGUUCGUAAUCUUAAUUGGGCAUGCUCUUUGAAAUUUUAUAAUAUUUCAUAAUUGCACACCAAGGGCUGACGGUUGCCUAGUUCAUGCCUAACAAAACAUUUGUUUAGCUGUAAAAUAACUGUUAUGGUAAUUGUUCAAUUAAAUAAAAUUGCUCUAGCGAGGUUCCCAUUAAAUUCAGAAUGUAAAGCCACUGAAAACUUUUUACUGAACUGUUGAGUGCCAAAACCUAACCAUAAAGUUAUGAUGUUAAUUAACAAUCUGUAGGUCUAUUCAUGUAAGAGUACUUUUUAAUGAUAAAAUACUCUAAUUUAAAUAUACAAAAGUCAUUCCUAAUGUGGGAUGGAACCUUGUUCCCACAUUUUGCAUUUGCAUUGCCACAUAAUAUUGGCUUCAGCAUUCCUUUAUAUAUUUUGUUUAAUAUCCUUAUUAAUCUCAAAACCCCUUAUCAGCUAGGGCUAUCCUCUGUGCAUAAAUCGAUCAUAGAAGAAAUUCUGAUAUGUGUGCAAUAUAUCCUGAAAAAAGAGGAUGCUCAAACUGUACAUCUUUAAUUUCUUAAACACUGUCCUAAUUUUCAGAGUCAUAACAUGCUGUUUCCUCAGAUACUUUGUUAAAUGCAUAUGUGAUCAUUAAACAUACAAAAAGUA